AAGGACCUGGCGCUGGAGCUGGCGGCGCUGGGAGCCCGCGGCGCCCGAGUGGUGUCCCAAGGCAGGGCGCAGUAUUUCGCUCUGCAUGCGAGCAGCGGCCACUUGGUGACGGCCGAGAGGAUCGACAGGGAGCAGCUGUGCGAGAGCGAAUCCGAAUGCGUGCUGCGCUGUGAGCUGAUCGUGGAGGGCGAGAUGAAGGCUUAUGCAGUCGAAGUGGAAAUCACGGACAUUAAUGACAAUACGCCUGUUUUCGGUGAAUCACAGAAGGAACUGAGCAUAAGCGAAACGACAGUCACGGGGACGCGGUUUCCCCUACCUAUGUCUCACGACCCGGACGUGGGUGUGAAUUCCCUGCAGAGCUACGCGCUGAGCGGCGAUGAGCACUUCUCGCUGUCGGUGCAAGCGGGAGCAGACGGCGAGAAGUAUCCCGAGCUGGUGCUGGCCAAGGCGCUGGACCGGGAGGAGGCGGCGUUUCACGAGCUGCUGCUGAGAGCGAGCGACGGCGGCGAGCCGGCGCGGACGGGCACGGCGCGCAUCCGCGUGGCUGUGCUGGACGCCAACGACAACGCGCCCGCGUUCAGCCAGGCGGUGUACACGGUGCGAGUGCCCGAGGACGUGCCCGUGAGCUCCACGCUGCUCAGCGUCACCGCCACCGAUCCCGACGACGGAACCAACGGCGAAGUGAUGUACUCAUUUAGAAAACUAACAAACGCUGUAACGAAAUUCUUCCUCCUAGAAUCCAAUACGGGAGAGAUCAAGCUACUGAAAAACCUGGACUUCGAGGAACGAAACUCAUACGAACUAGAGGUUCAGGCACGAGACGGCGGUGGUCUUUUCGACACGGCGAAGGUGUCGAUCUCG